AUGCUGCAGUACCACCCUGGGCCUGUGGGGGUGGACCCUGACAUGCUGCAGUACCACCCCGGGCCUGUGGGGGUGGACCCUGACAUGCUGCAGUACCACCCCAGGCCUGUGGGGGUGGACCCUGACAUGCUGCAGUACCACCCUGGGCCUGUGGGGGUGGACCCUGACAUGCUGCAGUACCACCCUGGGCCUGUGGGGGUGGACCCUGACAUGCUGCAGUACCACCCCAGGCCUGUGGGGGUGGACCCUGACAUGCUGCAGUACCACCCCGGGCCUGUGGGGGUGGACCCUGACAUGCUGCAGUACCACCCUGGGCCUGUGGGGGUGGACCCUGACAUGCUGCAGUACCACCCCAGGCCUGUGGGGGUGGACCCUGACAUGCUGCAGUACCACCCCGGGCCUGUGGGGGUGGACCCUGACAUGCUGCAGUACCACCCCGGGCCUGUGGGGGUGGACCCUGACAUGCUGCAGUACCACCCCGGGCCUGUGGGGGUGGACCCGGAAUAG